GCGUAAAAUGAGGUCGAAUAGUUGAGCUAAAACCUCCCAUCUCACCACGUUCACGGUGAUCGCGCACGGCGAUGGGGAUCCAGGGGCUACUACCGUUCGUCAAGAAGGCAUGCCGCGAGGUCCACAUCAAGGAAUUCAGCGGCGGCACCGCUGCAGUGGACACUUACUGCUGGCUGCACAAAGGGGCCUUUUCCUGCGCCGAACGACUUGCCAAGGGCGAGAAAACAGACGGGUAUGUGGCGUACUGCAUGAAGAUGACCAACACACUCGUAGCGGCCGGAGUCCGACCCAUCCUGGUGUUCGAUGGUCAGCGGUUGCCGUCCAAGCAGCUGACUGAGCGAAAGCGCCGAGAGCAGCGUGAGACCAAUCGCCAGAAAGCGAAGCAGUUCCUGAUCGAGGGGCGCAUCAAGGAGGCACGAGAAUGCUACCAGAGGGCAGUGGACAUCACCCCCGAAAUGGCGCUCGACCUCAUCAAGGAAUGCAGGAGGAGAGGAAUCGACUACAUUGUGGCACCUUACGAAGCAGACGCGCAGCUGGCGUACUUGACGCAGCGUGGGUUGGCCGACGUGGUGAUCACGGAGGACUCAGACCUGAUACUUUUCGGCUGCGAGAAGGUAGUGUUCAAGAUGGACCAGGGCGGCUUCGGCACGCUGUACGAGCGGUCCGCGAUAGGCAAGUGCCUGGGAAACUGCGCCGACCGCUUCACCCACGACAAGUUCCGCCAGAUGUGCAUACUCUCCGGCUGCGACUACCUCCAGAGCCUUCCGGGGAUUGGCCUGGCCAAGGCCUGCAAGUUCUUCGGGCUCAUCACCAACCCAGACCUGAAGAAGACGCUGCCCAAGCUGCCCUCGUACCUCAAGAUGCCGUCACUGACGGUGGAUGAGGACUAUCUGGAGGGCUUCCUGAAGGCAGAGAAUACCUUCCUGCACCAGCUCGUCUUCUGUCCGCUCCAGAACCGCCUGGUGCCCUUGAACCCAUACAGGCCGGGCAUGGUGCCCGAAGAACUGCCCUACGCUGGACAAUAUGUUUCGGACGAGCUCGCCUUUCAGAUGGCCAUUGGAAACGUUGACGUCAACACGGGAACCCAAGUGGACGACUAUGUUCCUUUUGAUGGAAAGGUCCUCAGCCUAGAAAAAAGCAAGGACAUUGACAAGGAGACAAAGAAUCCUGCGAACGGCGACUCUAAGCCCAAAGCGCCAAGGUUGGGGGCGUUUGAGAUCACAAAGCGGAGAUCUGCUCCCGCGUCGGCUGCGCCCAAGACGACUCCGCGACCUUCGAGGACGCUGAAGUCGAUGGAAAACAUCGGCGUUGUUCUCGAAACAGAUGAUGAGGAUGACUUUCAACGCAAAUCCUCGUGGAAAAGCCCCAAGCGAACUUCCGAGCCCAACAAGCCGAGGACGCCGAAGUCUCCGUCUCCCAGAGUCCAAAACCAGCCCGAGAACAUCUUCAAGGUCGCUCCCAAGCCCGCAGUCCUCCGGAGCAGGUUCUUCUCGUCACCACCGGCAAAAUCAUCGCAGACGAAGCUGGACGGGACGAAGUUAACCGAAUGGCAACGAAAGGUCGACAGCGAAACCGUACCAGACGUCGACCCUCCCCUCUCUCCCGUCGUCCGCCGACUCGCGUCUCCGACGAAAUUCCAGUGGGGCUCCACCACCAAGGCAAAAGACUUGCAGACGACGCCGGUCUCUCGCCUUGCGGCCACUCCCUUCAAGAAACUUCGGCUGAGCGAUGACAGAUUUACGACUCCGGCUCGGAACAACAAAACGUUAGCAGACAAGGAACAAGACGCUAAGCAGACGAACGACGCCCCCGUAGACACUGGGGACAGUUACAAGAGGCUUAGAGACAGCGAGGACGAGAUGAAUGACACAGACACGUCCAAGAGAAUCGACAAGAACCGAAGCACGUCUCUUCUAGAUCGUUCCUCCGGUAGUAAGGUUGUACCGCGAGUGCACGACGACGAACAUGAACUGGACGAAGAUCCGUUGGGAGCGGUGACAGCUGUGGCUGAAAGUGGUCCGCAGAGGGGAAAGGCUCCGUUUAAUCCGUUUGCCAAAAGGCUCGUCGCGCUUCCCCCACGAAAAAAGACAGAACAAGGGUUGGAGCUCGGUUCUGACGCAGAGUCUUCCGACGGUGAAGAUCCAUUGCUCCGUUACUCUAUGGCAGCGUCCUGCAAAUCCGACCCGAAGAUAAAAGCAGACGACCUUGACGAGAGUUUAUCUACUUUCUUUGAAGAUGAGUCGCCCUUACCGAGGUCGAAGCAAGUUCUGUCUGAGACCAGCGACGCGGUGGAUUUCGACCGUGUAGCAUCGAGUUGUUGCUCUUCGUUUGACUUUGCCGCGACUCCAAAGAGUGCGCCAAACGUUCGAGAGGAAGGAGAAAUGAUGUGGUCGUCGUGCGAACUGAAAGGCGGGACUGGGGAUAGUGACAGUGAUGACCUCACAGUUGUGAAGGAGUUCUUUGUUCAGAAGACGAGAGUCGUGCUGGGAAACGGUGUGGGUGCGAAGCGGUGUGCUCCGAAGAGGCUAAUCAAGAAAGCGACGGCUACCAAGCCAAGACGACUCGGCCUCUCCAAGGCUAAGCCCAAGAGGGACGCAGCCCAGCCCAGCAUUUUGGAGACCCUCGCAAGAUUCAAGUUCAAGCAGUGAAUGCGUCAUCACGUCAGUCACUUAUCUUCUUUUAGGAUUUAUGCGUUUGACCCCCGACAGACCACAGGACAGGUCACCAAUGAGUCUAUAUAUUUCAUGAUUUUUCAUACAAUAGCUGCUGCAUCGUGAUUGAAGUGACUGCUUUUUGUUUUUGUGUAAUUGGAGGUUGCAAGUUAGUGUAGCGCAAAUAAACGUUUUCCAAAUUU